AUGGCCGGCGACAAAGAAAUCUCGUUCUCUGGCCGUGAGAUGGAAGUCCUCGCUCUGGCUUGGCAGUGCAUGGAAGGCCAACCCAAGGUACAUGCCGCCCCAUCCCUCGAUGCUGCGACUACCUUCAGGGUACCUUAUGAUCCAUUCCACGAUAAGAUCGACAUGCAGAAGCUCGCCCGCCUGACUGGCUACACCCCCGGCAGCGCAUCCGUCACCUUCGGCAACAUCAAGCGCAAGAUCAAGCUUCUCGGAGACUCACUAUCUGGAAACGGCCCUGCAACGCCCAAGAAGGGAGGUGCGGGUGGACGAUCCAAGACCGCGACUCCAAAACGCAGUGGUGGUGGUGGUAAGCGUGGUCUUACCGCCGCUCAAAACGAUACGCCGAGCAAGAAGAGGCAGAAGACAGGUGGUCGCAAGGCAAGGGAGGAGAUCGAGCAUGAGGAUGAGGUUGAAGAGGAAGAGGAGGAGAGGGACCUCGCUAGCUCGGUCAUCAAGAAGGAAGACGUCAUUGAAGACCGAGAGGCUAGCUAUGGCUUCCUUAAUCAACUUACUCAAGCCGCGGACCUGGGCGACCGUCAGGGCUCUGCGUUUGGCGGGGAUGAUGAUGAGGAAUAUUGA